CACCGAGCCUAAGUUACGUCCACAGCCAUGUCGUUCAAGUUAGGUCUAUCAACUGUCGAAUACAGUUUUGUCACUAUCAUCGGCACCGCAACCCUAACUACACCGGCACAUUCUACUUCUCAUAUUAUCACCGCGCGUCAGUGGGAAAGCUGGCAACCAUCCGCACCUUCAUGGACUCCAGAACCACCACCACCAUGGACGGAGCAGCCCUGGACACCACAGUCAUCAUGGGUGGAGACACCGACCUGGACACCAACACCAUCCGUAGUCGCAACACCGACGCUCACGCAGUCCAUAGUCCCCUACACCGGACCUGGGCCCGACAACGGCGUGACAGGAUGGGUAACCGUUGCCAUCGUAGCCGGAGCGCUAGUCGCUGCCGGAAUCCUGGGUUGUAUCUUUGUAGUGCUUCGCAGAUGGAUGCACAGGCGCAGAGUUCGUGGGGGCAAAAAACCCGCUCAAGAUGUUGAGAUGGAGGCUAUGCGGCCUGACCAUGGUUCAGCACAACGAAUGGCUGCAUCUGUGAUCGCACAUCCUCCACAUGUGUACAAGGGUUACUCGUGACCAAGGCCAGGAGUUUGACUGGUAAGGUAGUCGUCCGUUGGCUGACAGGUGGGUGGCUUCGUUUGGAUUUAAGUUCGAGGUUCUCAGCGUUCGAAGGACUGAGGUGGAUGCUGGAUACAACGAUGUUGUCAUAGGACCAACAUGUUCAACUGAAAAAUAGAUUUGAUCAUUUGCAGCCUGAGUCAACUUUUGUAUCUACAAAUCUUGGGAUAUUGAUUUGUGUACUGGCAAGUUCUGGGAUCGUCCAACUGGUCAGAAGCAACACUUGGGUUUGCUCAAAUGAACGAAGAGGACAAAUCUAUUCGACGUGCUAUCAUUGACGGAGUCUGUAUAAUGAGUAAUGUCGUUCGUUCGCACAGCAAUGGACGGGAAAUUUCACGACGUGAAUCAUGACGUCAUAUGCGGCUUGAAUCUAGCCAGCAAGACCUUUAUGACCAUAAGCUCGUAGAUCAGUGUGAAGAGUGAGCGUGUAGUAG